AUGUGUGAUGUGUCCAUGUUUAGCUAUGGCUCUCACCUACCUUCCUCUUUGAUUUUGAACAUGAACUGCAGCGCUCAGUUGAUGGCCUCACCCGGAGCAGCAGCACCGGCCGAGUUCACGCAAAUGGAAGCCGCGCGGCAGUCCCUCAUCGCGAUCUCCCAGUCGAUCCCGGAGAUCGGGGCGCCCGUCAUCAGGCCGCCCAACGGCGGCGGCAGCGGCAUGGAUGAGAACGGGCACGAGGACGUGGCGGAGCAGAGGUACAGGGCGAAGCUCAUCUCCAUCUCCAACCAGUCGCCCGACGCCCGUCCUACGCCGUGCCCUUCCAAGAACGGCGCCGCCUAA